AUGGAUUUUGGUGAAGGCCUGCAAGCUGUCAUUGCAGAUCUGAGAUCUCCUCCGACAGCAAGCGAAGAGAUGGCAAGAGCAAUGCAAAAGUCAUCGGGGAAGGCUCUGUUCAACCUGAGUUGCAGCCACCUAAAUCUUGCUGAAAAGGAAUAUUUUGGAUUAGAAUUCUGUAGCCAUUCUGGAAAUAAUGUCUGGUUGGAACUUCUGAAGUCUAUUACAAAGCAAGUUAAAAAUCCUAAGGAGGUUGUUUUCAAAUUUAUGGUGAAAUUUUUCCCAGUGGACCCUGGGCAUCUGCGGGAAGAACUUACAAGGUAUCUUUUUACUCUUCAAAUAAAGAAAGAUCUGGCUCAAGGAAGACUUCCAUGCAGUGAGAACUGCACAGCAUUGAUUGUCUCUCACAUCUUACAAUCAGAACUGGGAGAUUUUCAUGAAGAAACAGUUAGAAAACAUCUGGCACAGACCAGGUACUUGCCAAACCAAGAAUCUUUAGAGAACAAGAUCACGCACUUUCAUCAGAAGCACAUUGGCCGAAGCCCCGCUGAAUCUGACAUACUUCUACUGGACAUAGCAAGAAAGUUGGAUAUGUAUGGCAUCCGGCCACACCCUGCCAGUGAUGGGGAAGGGAUGCAGAUUCACUUGGCUGUCGCCCAUAUGGGAGUACUAGUGUUACGGGGAAAUACAAAGAUUAAUACAUUCAACUGGGCUAAAAUUCGAAAGUUGAGUUUUAAGAGAAAGCAUUUUCUUAUCAAACUUCAUGCCAACAUCUUGGUAUUGUGUAAAGAUACUUUGGAGUUCACGAUGGCCAGUCGAGAUGCUUGCAAGGCUUUCUGGAAGACUUGCGUGGAGUAUCAUGCUUUCUUCAGACUUUCUGAAGAACCCAAAUCAAAGCCCAAAACCCUACUCUGCAGCAAAGGUUCCAGUUUCCGCUAUAGUGGGAGAACCCAAUGGCAACUUUUGGAAUAUGGGAAAAAGGGGAGGUUGAAGAGCUUGCCCUUUGAAAGGAAACAUUACCCUUCUCAGUACCAUGAACGACAGUGCAGGUCAUCACCAGACAUUCUCUCUGAUGUGUCAAAACAAGUAGAAGAUUUGAGACUAACAUAUGGUGGCGGGUACUACCGCAUGGUCAAUGGAGUGCAUGCGUCUGAGCCAGUGCUAGACAGCAGGAGGAGGAACUCUGCAGUGGAAGUGACAUUUGCAGCAGAGCUGGAACGAUCCAAACCAGAGGCAGAUCCCCUAUCAUUCCAUCAGUCCCAGAGCAGUUCCUCUUUCUCUUUUCUUUAUACAGAUCCUGUUUUUAACAUUGACCCUGACCCUGAUGUGGAUCCCAGAGACUACUUUGAGGAAAGGAGUCCACUAAGCUCCUUUCAAACAAGCUAUAAGUUUAUGGAUAGUCACAUGAGCACAUCUUCUGGCCUCCCAAAGAAAGUGAGCCCUGCAAGGCAACUAACAUACACGGAUGUGCCCUAUAUUCCUUGUACCAGUCAGCAGGUGGACAUUAUGCCUCCUCAAGUGUUUUUUUAUGUGGAUAGGCCCCCACAGGUCCCCAGACGUUCUCCAAUCAUGGCAGAGGAAAGGGAAAGGUCAGGCAGAUGUCUAGAGCUUGUUGCCACGAAACCAGCCAAAAGAAGCCCAAGGAAUAGCAGAAUGCAGCGAUUUCAGCCAGACUUUCAAGACCUCCAAGGAGCUACAGCUAGAACGAGUGGUAGGAGUAUCAAUGUAGAUCAAAAAGAAGACACUAAUUUAGAAGAUGUCUUUGCAUACAGCAUUCAGGAGCAAACCCCUAAACGGUCUCAGAGUCAAUCAGACAUGAAAAUGAUUCGAUUUCCUUUCGGGUCUGAAUUUAGACCUUUGGGGCCUUGUCCUGCUUUAAGUCGGAAAGCUGACCUGUUUACAUAUAUGUUUAAUGAGCAGGAGUUUCCACCAGUUGUUAUGGAUCAGGGCCUAGCAGAGAGGUAUGUAGAUAGUGAAUCCAGUGAUUCUGAGUCAGAGAUUCUUAAAACAGACUACUACUCUUUGUAUAGCAAAGGAACAAGGUCACCCAGGACCCGAAUUCGCUUGUCCUCUGGUAGUCUACAGCUAGAAGAGGAAGAUGAAGAUGUUUCUUUUAAUACACCAGCUGAAGACAGGACUUUGUUAAAACCAUGUAAUUACUUUUUAGCUUAA